AUGCCAAUCCCUCGUCUAGUAGCACAAGUUUUCUCCUGUUUCAACCUUCUCAGGGUAUUGGCCUUGUUCCAUGAAUCUAACGAGAUCAAUUUAUUUCCACUUAUGAUUACAAAAUUAUUUCAUCUGAGAUAUCUUGCAGUUAAAUGUUACGUCGAUCUUCCUGCAUCAAUCUCAGAGCUUCAAAAUUUGCAAAUUCUAAUUCAAGAGAAAUUUCGUGCAAAGAACACUUCAUUACCAAGGAAGAUAUGGGCGAUGAAGAAUUUGAGGCUUAUGCAUCUUGGGACUAUCAGUUAUUUACCAAAUCCUAGAAGAAAUAGUAUCCGAAAUAAGCAUAUGGGAAUGCCAAAUCUAGAGGAACUUUUUGGUCUGUGUUCUACAAGCUGUACAAAUAAAGUCUUUUCUGGAAUUCCAAAUCUAAAGAGAUUGAUCAUCCAUCAAACUCCUGUAAGUACAGAGCGAAGGGACAAUUACUUCAUUGAUAUGUCCAGCUUGACAAAAUUUGAAGCAUUAAAGUGUUUCAACUACAAUUUGCCAUGCACCAUCGAGAGGUUUGUUUUUCCAACAUCACUUAAGAGGUUGUCUUUUGAUGGCUGCUUUAGUUUUCCUUGGGCAGACAUAUCAACUCUUGUCAUGUUGCCAAAUCUUGAAGAGCUCAAACUUAAAGAUUAUGCAGUCAAAGGUGAAGUAUGGAGAUUGCGUGAUGAAGACAAAUUCGAAAGCUUGAAGUUGUUGGUAUUUAGCGGCCUAUAUCUUGAGCGUUGGGAAGCUAGCAGUGAUAGCUUUCCAAAUCUAAAACGCCUUGUUCUGAAGAAAUGCUUCUUGCUGAAAGAAAUUCCAAUAGAUUUUGGGGAAAUUUGUACUUUGGAGUCAAUUGAAUUACAUAAUUGCAGCAUUGCUGCUGAGGAUUCUGCAACAAUAAUUGAACAAGAACAAGCGGACAUGGGAAAUAAUAGCCUUAAGGGGGCUGAAGCUUAUUUUGAGGAGCGUUCAUCUAACGCUAUCUUCCCAAUGCAGAACUUCUAA